AUGAGAGAGCGAACAGUGGCUUCCCUCAUCCAUCUUGGUGCUGCUCCUGGAUUACUAACAGAUCCAACUCCCAAAUCUCCCACAGGAAGAACGCCUGCUGACCUAGCUUCUGCUAAUGGACACAAAGGAAUUUCCGGCUUUCUUGCAGAAUCAUCUUUGAGUGCCCACCUUUCUUCUCUGAAUUUGGAAAAGCAGGAUGGUGAUGCGGCAGAAAGUUCUGGCACACAAGCAUUACAGACUGUUUCAGGCUGUAAUGCAACUCCAGUCAAUGAUGCUGACUUACCAAGUGGAUUGUCUCUGAAGGAUUCAUUAGCUGCUGUAUGUAAUGCUACUCAAGCUGCUGCUCGUAUUCACCAAGUCUUCAGAGUUCAGUCCUUCCAAAAGAAGCAGUUAAAAGAGUAUGGUGAUGACAAAUUUGGAAUGUCACACGAGCAUGCUCUUUCACUUAUUGCAGUCAAGUCACAAAAGGCAGGACAAUACGAUGAGCCUGUUCAUGCUGCAAUAAGAAUUCAGAACAAGUUCCGUGGUUGGAAGGGUAGAAAAGAAUUUUUGAUUAUCCGGCAGCGAAUUGUUAAAAUUCAGGCCCAUGUAAGAGGCCACCAGGUUAGGAAAAACUAUAAGAAGAUAAUCUGGUCUGUAGGCAUUUUGGAUAAGGUUAUCCUGCGUUGGAGACGGAAAGGAAGUGGUUUGCGUGGUUUCAAAUCUGAAGCACUUACUGAUGGUUCCAGCAUGCAAGUUGUAUCAUCAAAGGAUGACGAUGAUGAUUUCCUUAAAGAAGGCAGAAGGCAAACAGAAGAAAGAUCACAAAUAGCCCUUGCAAGGGUGAAAUCCAUGCAUCAGUAUCCAGAGGCAAGAGAACAAUAUCACAGGCUGCGUAACGUUGUCGCUGAGAUCCAGGAGACCAAGGCUAUGUACGAAUGGGCAAACAAUUCUGAGGCGAUGGCAGAGUUUGAUGACCUGAUCGAUCUUGAAACGUUAUUGGAUGAUGACACUUUCAUGCCUACAGAUCCUUGA